AUUGAAUCGUCACAUAACCUGGCAGAGGUUUUAAUUUUAAAUAAUAAUUUUUUUUUUUUACAGAUACCGACUGGUUGUGUGUUCUUUGUGACACAUGUAAUUUCGUACAUGACGGCGGCGGCGGUCGAGGUGGUGGAGGUCGAGGUGGCGGAGGUGGUGAUUUUGGAGAAUUGGAUUGGAAAUGUGCGCGGUGCGGUAAGUGGAAUCACGAACGAAGAACCCACUGCUUUAAAUGCCUGGCUGAACGCACCACAGGCCAUGUCCCAGAUGAAGACUGGGACAUGGAGUCGUGCGACCCCGCUCCCCAUCCGGAAAACCAGCAGCACCUGGUGGGGAUUUCUGUGUCCACGCAGACGGAUCCUUUUUUCAACGUUCCGGUUACCUUUGCUCCAGAAUCAUGGAAUUUGAUGGAGCAACUGCUGGUGGGAACAAACCUGUCCGAAUACUCCGGAGUUUUUCGAGCAAAUCAUAUCGAUCUGAACAUGUUCAGCCACAUGACGGAGGAAGAUUUCAAUAAUAUCGGGAUCACUUCUUUCGGCGCAAAAAAAAUAUUGCUUGAAGCAAUAAAAGCAAUGCGAGGCUAAGCAGUCUACUUCUUGUUUACUCCAACUUCUCCGGCGUACUCUCCAAGCAGUCCAAAGUACUCGCCUACGUCUCCACGUUAUUCGCCGGCCUCGCCCAAGUACUCGCCAAAUUCACCGAGUUACAGUCCGGCCAGCCCAGCAUACUCGCCGAGCAGUCCCAACUACUCUCCAACUUCACCGUCAUAUUCACCCGCCUCCCCUAAAUAUUCUCCAACGUCCCCUACCUAUUCUCCCUCACCCACUGGCUAUUCGCCAACUUCGCCUUCUUAUUCACCCACCAGUCCCACUUAUGAAUCCGACUCUGAAAGAGAGAAGGAAGAUCGUCGUAAACGUUCGAGGCGCUAGAGCGCUGACGACGGCUCGAGGCUGACAAGAUAAACUAAAUUCAUUCAGGUUUUGGUGAAGAAUCUUCUUUUUUUUUUCCUUUCUUUUCGAUUCCCCAUGAAUUAUAAUUCAUUUAUUUUCCAAAACAGUUGCAAAAUUCUUCUUACAACGAAACGGACUAAUUCUAUAGAGAGAGAGAGAGAACAAUUAUUUUAUGAACUCUUAGUGUCAACAAAUAUUCAGCUUUUCUUCUAAACAGUGUUAACACACCCAGCCUUCUUUUUGCAUCUUAAUUGUCACAAUAUUUAUAUUAUAGUAAAGAUGUUUAAUUCCUUUCGGCCUUCACAAACUAUUUCCCAACACAAAUUUUUAUAUUAGGCUGCGGUUGUUUCAUUUUCUGUGUAAAAAUGUUUGUUUUGGUUUCAUUACUUAUGUGACUGUGUUUCCUUUUUCA